UUUUUUUUUCCUUCUUUCCCUCUGCCGCACCAAAAUAUCCUUGUCCUCUAUAUUUUUGAUACCUUGAGGGCCGAUUAUCUAAAGAGGGCUCAGUUUGUUAGGUACCUAGCACAUGCACAUACACAGAAGUUUUGAUCUGUUGUUUGUCUACAUUAGGUACCUAAGCUGUCUGUCUGGUUAUUUGAUAAUGCACGAAUAGGGAAUCUCCCUGGCUGCCCCUCACUACGAAGAAGAACUGAAACUGUACUUGGUGGUAGUUAUACAUAUAUCCAUACCUAUUUGUAUGUAUGUACUUGAGUACCCCUCCAUUGUAGUACCUACCUAGGUACCUAACCGCAUAUAAAUUUCCCGGAGUUACUAGACAAUCUGCUAAUUUGGAUUAUAUUUGACAAUUGCAUUAUAUUAUAUGACAGUUGUAUUAUAUCACCCUCUUUCCCCUUCUCCUUCCUUGCACAUAUGUCUUUGCGCGCCGCUAGUCGUGUCGACUUCGUCCCUCGAGUCUCAACAGCCACACGGCUUCGAUUAAGACCACGUACUCUCCCACGUACUCUUCCGCCAACCGCAUCUCAGUGGAGACAAAAUCACAUCUGGUGCACUCCUGCCUUAUCCUCUCCACCUUCCUACCGGCUUAGUCCACGUCUUGGGAAUCAUUCCUCACUCACUUCUGUCUCACGAACAUCUCCUUUCGAGAAGUCUAGAAACACCACUCUCUCGACACCCCUUGUUCGACAUUGCUCAUACCGGAGACAAAACAUGUGUAAGCUUGCUGGAGACAUUGACCAUACCGGAGGGGCUACCCCGGACCCCACCCAGGGCCGUGAGCUCCUCCCGACCAACGUCAUCCCGAGACAUUACGAUGUCACCUUAGAGCCCAACUUCGAAAAGUUUACCUUCGACGGUAAGGUGCUUAUCGACUUCGACGUCCAAGAACAUUCCAAGUCUAUCUCCCUCCACACCCUCCAGAUCGAUAUCCACAGCGCCAACAUCAAAUCCGGAGACAGCAUUAUUAGCUCAUCUUCGGCAAUCACGUACGAUGAGUCCAAGCAGAUCACCAGCAUCGAGCUCAAUGAUGCCAUCCCGAAGGGCAAGGCCCAGUUGGAAAUCAAGUACUCUGGUCAGCUCAAUGACCAGAUGGCCGGUUUCUAUCGCUCUACCUACAAGAAGCCAGAUGGCUCCGAAGGUGUCCUCGCUACCACGCAGAUGGAAGCAAACGACUGCCGCCGGGCUUUCCCGUGCUUCGACGAGCCCAUGCACAAGGCCAAAUUUACUGUCACUCUCAUUGCGGAUAAGCACCUGACAUGUCUCAGCAACAUGGACGUCGCGUCCGAAUCAGAAGUGCAAUCGGAAUUCAGUGGAUCUACAAAGAAGGCCGUCAAGUUUAACACGACGCCUCUUAUGUCGACUUACCUAGUCGCCUUCAUCGUGGGCGAAUUAAGUUAUAUCGAGACCAACAAAUUCCGUGUCCCAGUUCGAGUGUACGCCCCGGCUAGUUCAGAUAUCGAACACGGCCGCUUCUCGCUCGAGCUCGCAGCGCGGACUUUGGAGUACUACGAGAAAAUAUUCGGAGCCGAAUUCCCGUUGCCCAAAAUGGACAUGGUUGCUAUCCCCGAUUUCGCGGCGGGCGCUAUGGAAAACUGGGGUUUGAUCACCUACCGUGUUGUCGACCUUAUGCUGGAUGAGAAGGCCAGUGGCGCGGCAAUGAAAGAACGCGUCGCCGAGGUCGUCCAGCAUGAGCUAGCACAUCAAUGGUUCGGCAACUUGGUGACUAUGGACUGGUGGGAAGGUCUAUGGUUGAACGAAGGGUUUGCGACUCUGAUGAGUUGGCUAAGCUGCAACUACUUUUACCCAGAAUGGAAGGUCUGGGAAAAUUACGUUACUGACAAUCUCCAGAGUGCCUUGGGACUGGACUCGUUGAGGAGCAGCCAUCCUAUCGAGGUGCCGGUCAAGCGCGCCAGUGAGGUUGACCAGAUUUUCGAUGCCAUUUCAUAUUCCAAAGGUUCAUGUGUUCUUCGUAUGAUCUCUACAUAUCUUGGCGAGGAGACUUUCCUGGAGGGUGUCAGAAGAUACAUUAAGAAGCAUGCCUACGGCAACACACAGACAAAUGAUUUGUGGGCGGCCCUUGAGGAUGCCAGCGGCAAACCGGUCCGGGAGAUCAUGUCCAUCUGGACUAAGAAUGUAGGCUAUCCCGUAGUCCAGGUUACGGAAAACGAGAAGGACAGUUCUAUUCGUGUCAAGCAGAAUCGAUUCCUAAGAACUGGUGACACUAAGCCUGAAGAGGACAAAGUAUUAUAUCCGGUUUUCUUGGGCCUCCGAACGAAGGAUGGCGUAGACGACUCAUUAACGUUGACGAAGAGGGAAGAUGUGUUCAAGGUUAAGAACUUGGACUUCUUCAAGCUGAAUGCAAACCAUACCAGUAUCUACCGUACGUCCUACACACCGGAACGCCUCACAAAACUGGGCCAAUCUGCCAAGGAUGGGCUGCUAACAGUUGAGGAUCGUGCUGGUAUGAUUGCCGACGCUGGUGCUCUUGCUGUGUCAGGCUACCAGAAGACUUCUGGUGUUUUGAACCUACUAAAAGCGUUUGACACAGAGGAGUCGUUCGUGGUGUGGAGUGAGAUCAUUGCCAGGGUUGCAACCGUCCAAUCUGCGUGGGUCUUCGAGGACUCAGCCGUCAAGGAUGGCCUCGAAGCCUUUGUGAAAGAACUUGUUAGUGAGAGAGCUCACAAAUUAGGAUGGACCUUCUCAGACAAGGAUGGCCACGUUGAACAGCAGUUCAAAGCCAUGCUGUUCGGCGCAGCUGGAAUGGCUGGUGACCAGGAGAUCAUCGACGCGUCUAAGGAGAUGUUCAAGAAAUACAUGGACGGCGACAGGUCAGCUAUCCACCCGAAUAUCCGAGGAAGCGUUUUCAGCUUAGCUCUCAAGUAUGGUGGAAAGGAGCAGUACGAUGCGCUUGUCGACUUCUUCCGCAAGUCCAGUAACAGCGAUGAACGUAACACAGCACUACGAUGCAUCGGUCGGGCAAAAGACCCGGCCCUAAUCAAGCAGACAUUAGACUUCGUCCUCAGCGGCGAAAUCAAGAGCCAGGAUCUAUACCUUCCAGCAAGCGGACUCCGCAGCCAUGCCGAGGGUAUCGAGGCGCUCUUUAGCUGGCUAACUGAGAAAUGGCCAGAAAUAUCUAAGCGACUUAGCGGAAACGCGCCUAUCCUGGGUUCGAUGGUUACCAUCUGUACAUCUAGCUUUGCAAAGGCGGAUCAACUCCAGAAAGUGGAGGAAUUCUUCAAGGACAUUGACACUAAGAACUUUGCCCAGCCCCUUGCUCAAAGCAAGGAUGCCAUUCGCAGCAAGAUUGCAUGGCUGGAGCGUGACCGUGACGAUGUCGCGAAAUGGGUUAAGGAAAACGGAUACAGUUCGUGAGCGAUGAAUCGACAUGAUAUUCUCGUACGGGUUUAGAGGGUAUUUGCUAGGUAUGUGUUUAGAGGAGAAGCACGAGAGAUACCCGUAGAAAAGGAUAGAAAAGCAAUCGCCAAUCAUAAGAAGUAAACAAGCAUUAUAUUUAUUCCCCCCC